AUGAGAAGAUCGGUACUGGUCUUUUGCAUAGCUUCGCUAUGUUUGGCAUUGUUCCUAGGUGCUCUGGAUAUAGUAAUCUGCAUCACCCUGUAUGACACUAUUGGCGAGAAAUUUAAAGACUACAGCAAUGUAGGUUGGAUCAUGACUGGCUACAAUUUGCCCAAUGCUCUUUUCAUGCUUUUGUGGGGGAGACUGGCGUCACUCUUGGGCCUCAAGAGCAGCUUGGUAAUCUCGAUAGUAAUAUUCGAACUGGGGUCUCUACUGGCGGCGGUGGCCAACUCGAUGGGGAUGCUCAUAGGAGCAAGAGUCAUAGCAGGUUUCGCCGGGAGCGGAAUAGAAUCUCUUGUGUUUGCGGUAGGAACAUCGAUGGUAACGGAGAAACACAGGGCCAGGGUCAUAACGAUUCUCGGUAUCGCGUACAUGAUUGCAGAAGGCGUGGGACCUUUUAUAGGCGGCGCCUUUGCAGAGCACGUUUCUUGGAGAUGGUGUUUCUACGUGAAUCUUCCAGUCGGGGGAGUAGCACUGGUCAUUCUCUCUUUGGGUUUCAAUCCAACCGGCAAUACGCCGCGACCUGCCAUUCUCAAAAUUUGGAGACAAGCGAAGGCUUACAAGUACAGAAGAAUUCUUCACAGAGAGUUUUGGUUUAAUGUUUUCGUGCUGUUGUUCUUCAAGCUCGACAUUAUGGGUCUAAUAUUUUCAUCCACAGGCUUUGCCCUCAUCAUGUUGGCUCUCACCUUCGGUGGAAACAGGUUUGCAUGGGAUUCUGGAUCAAUCAUAACAAUGUUCGUUGUGGGAAUCACUUUGCUGUUAUUCUUUUUGGUAUACGAUUUCUGCCUACUUCCCUGGAUAGGGAGACAAGCUCGUCAAAGAUCGGCUAACCCAUUGAUAUCUUGGACUAUGGCCUCCAACUCUGGCAUUCUGACCAGCUCAUUAGCCGGGUUUUUCAACUGUUUCGCCUUUGAGCUGCAAUCUAUCUUUUUAGUGCAGUACUACCAGCUUGUGGUCAAUAAAAAACCAACACUAGCCAGCAUCCAUCUAUGGCAGAUGUCUGUUCCAGCAUUGAUUUCGGUUGUCGUGAGCGCUUUCAUAAACGAAAAAUUCGGUAUUGUGAAGCCGCUUAUAAUUGUGGGUACUACUUUGGGCUUCAUAGGAUCUGGUCUUCUCACGCUUAUCGACAGCAAUACCCGGCUAGGUGCAUCGAUUGGUUACAGUAUGCUGGCCGGGGCGUCUUUUGGGGUGGUGUAUCAAUUAAGCUUGAUCAGUUGUCAACUGCAGAUAAACUCCAACGAUAUUGAUUAUCACACCAAAUUCAUCGAAGUAACUGCCUACAACACGUUUCUAAAGACCUUGGGAUUUGCAUUUGCAGGAAUUGUGAGCACUACUAUCUUCGGGAUUUCUCUCCACAAUUUUACCGCAGGAUCAUCUGAAAUUCCCAAAUUCGGGAGCACGGAGGAGGUCAUUAGUUACAGAAACCACCAUUUCGAUGGUAGGGACUCAGAACUCGGACAGCUAUUAGCAAAAUCUAUCCGUAACGUUUUCCUUUUCGCUUUAGGUUGCAGCGCGUUAUCUUUCGUCUUUUCCCUGCUUACUUCUAAUAGACGCACAAGGACAACGGCCGAUGAGAAGAAUGAAACAACUGAACAUAAAGGCAAAGUUUGA